AUGACAAUGAUGUGGUUAUUCAUUAUUUGGAUGCCGUUGUUUCAAGUUGUGCAGUUGUGUCGUUUUACCUAUAAUGGAUGUAAGAAUACGCCCAAGGUUGUUCUCGAGCGGAUCUCCUGUUUCUUCAUGACAACACACACGGGGAGCACAAGUCAUCCAGUGGAGGAGCCUUUGGUUUUACGGCAGCUGGACAAGGAGGUGGAACACUAUGUAUCUCAGCAUGAAUCGAUAGCCAGCAUGAAGGCAGAAUCCAGACGACGAAUACGGAGGUUCCAGGAAGCUAGGUUGAACGAUUUGGACACUGUGAAGAGCGCAUAUAGAGACUACAUGUUCUGCUACAUGGUGUCUGCAGCUUUGGACGACGAGUUGAGGAUGAAGUUUGAGAAAGUCAAAGAUUACAUUGUGAAAUACACGUCCAUUGAGUUCCAGGAGAGCAUAGAAUCAAGGUUUAAGAGUUUGCUCAAUGGAACUAUAAAAAGUAAGACAAAUGCGCCUGUCAGGCUGGACGGUUUGGAGACGGGCAAGAGUGGAAGGCAACCUUACAAAAGUGUUCAACUAUUCAUUGACAUUAGACAACUAAUGGAUAUCUAUCACGAUUUUGAUUGUGAGACAUUGGUGAUAGAUUUCCGGCCGCCUAUAUUGUUUCGGAAGAAUCAUAUUUCACUGUUUACAAACAUAAUAAACAUUGACCCUAUUUCCAUUAAGGAGCAUUAUACGAUCGAAGACAUACGAGAUCACUCUUUUCUACUUGCAUCAAGAGAAGAGUUGGAGCUCUUUGGACGCAUCAGAGAAUUCCAGUACGUCGUUCUGUACGAUCAAGCCUCGAGGGAGAGUGACGAGUUUGACCAUGGGAAAAACACAGCGUUGAUCAACUUCAAAAGAGAAAUUGGCAAGCAUGUCAAGAAUUUCAGUAUACUCGAAGGCGGGUUUGAAGAAUGGGUGAGGUUUAUGGAUGAUGAGAAUGAGACAAGACACGUCCCGAAAGUUGGCCUUCAAAGAUAUAGCAGGCCGUUAGCUAUUAGCACGAAUGCAAAAGUUCCUUGUAAGGUAUCGAUCCCGAUUAUAUCUGGGCUUUAUAAUCUAGGCAACUCAUGCUAUAUGAACAGUGUCAUUCAAGUUCUCAUUGGAACGAGGGAACUAACAGAUUAUAUCUUGGAGGGUAAAUAUGAGGAAUUUGUUGCAAAGGAAUCUAAAUACGGGACUCGUGGAGGCAUUACGAAAUCCUACGAGAGGUUAGCCAAGGAGAUGAGGAAGAAUUCCCGGAAGAAGCAUGCCACCAAGCCCGAUGGGUUCAAGCGAGAGAUUGGCAAAGGUAACAAGAUGUUUGACAAUACGGAGCAACAAGAUGCCGGUGAGUUUUUACAGUUUCUCCUAGAUGCCAUACAUGAAGAUCUCAACCUCAGUUCAAGGAACAAACACGUGCAUGUCAGCGAGGAGGACGAGGCGAAUCGGGAGCGAUUGCCCAUCAGGCUAGCGUCGACCAUCGAAUGGGAGAGGUAUCUACAGACCGACUAUUCCAUUAUAGUGGACACCUUCAGUGGACAAUAUGCGUCCCGGUUGGAAUGUGAUUCCUGUCAUUGCACCUCCACGACGUUUAUUCCGUUCAAUAUGCUGUCUAUUCCUAUACCUGUGCUGAAACCGGGACACACCAAGACAGUUGCCCUCGAUGACUGUCUCAGAGAAUUCACCAAGCGAGAGACCCUCAAGGGAGACGAUGUUUGGGAGUGUCCUAAGUUGUGUAAAGGCCCAAACGUUACAACGAGUAAGAAGCUGACAAUCACACGAUUGCCACCUGUGUUAAUCAUCCAUUUGGAACGGUUUACAUACAAGGGGGGCGCAUUUGAGAAGGACAACAAGGUGGUUGAUAUUCCUCAUAUGAUAAGCAUGGACAAGUACUGGCCGUCGCCGAGAGAUGACAAUGAGGUACAACAGUUGAACAGAUUCCCAGUACGAGGCCAGCGUGGUAAGUUUAAGUAUGUGCACUAUGGGACGAUCCGGCACUAUGGAACGUUACAUGGGGGGCACUACACUAGUGAUGUCGAUGUGGGUAGCCAGUGGAUAGGUUUUGACGAUGAACGAGUUGGGAUUAAGGACAAGGUAACAGAGAGAGACGGGAGUAGUUACAUUGUCCUCUAUAGGAGGGUUUAG